AUGGGCGAUUCAACAACAUUCUUUAUUUCUGGGGGAAACAAGGGAAUUGGAUUUGCUCUUGUUAAGAACCUUAGUGACAAUGAAUCUAACAUUGUGAUUGCAUCUGCAAGAAAUCCGGAGGCAGCUACUGAACUUAAAAGUUUAGCAGAGAUGAAGAAAAAUGUCCACGUUGUAAAGUUGGAUGUGUCUUCCAAGGAAAGUACUAUUAAAGCCGCAACAGAAGUCUCUAAGCUUAUUGGAAAGAUCGAUGUUUUGAUUGCGAAUGCUGGGUUUGCAGAUUCAUUUGGAAGUGUAUUGGAGACGAAGGAAGAAGCAUGGGUGCAGCAUUGGCAGACAAAUGUUCUUGGAUCUGUCUUCUUAUAUCAAGCAUUUUAUGGACUAGUAGAAAGAGGGGACAAAAAGCAAAUUGUUUUCAUAUCGAGUGCCCUUGGAUCAAUUGGAGGGUAUAUUGGUCUCAGUGUGUCAGCAUACGGGCAAUCUAAAGCUGCAUUGAAUUAUACGGUAAAGGAAAUUAGUGUUGAAUUAGGUGAUAAGGGGUUUACGGUUGUUGCGGUUCAUCCAGGACAAGUUUCCACUGAUACUGGAAAACGUGGUAAUGAAACUCUUAUUGCUGCAAAACCUUAUUUAAAGGAAAUGAUUGAGAAUUAUUCGAUAUCUCCUCAAGAGAGUGCUACGGCUUUGCUGGUUAUUCUCAAUAAGUUGAGUCCUAGCGAUAAUGGUAAAUUUUUAAGUUAUGAUGGAACCGAAAUCGCUUGGUAA